ACACUUGUGCAACACAUUUGCUUUGUGUACCGGAGCAGAAAAGAAGCCCAGGGAUUCAUAACCCUGAUCUGCAGGAGAGACAGGAGCAACAUGAGCACCGCAGGAAAAGUAAUAAAAUGCAAAGCAGCUGUGCUAUGGGAGGUAAAGAAACCCUUCUCCAUUGAGGAGGUGGAGGUCGCACCCCCUAAAGCCCAUGAAGUUCGUAUUAAGAUUGUGGCCACAGGAAUCUGUCGCUCAGAUGACCAUGUGGUUAGUGGAAAACUUCAAACGACUUUUCCUGUGAUUCUGGGCCAUGAGGCAGCUGGCAUCGUGGAGAGCAUUGGGGAAGGGGUGACUUCAGUAAAACCAGGUGAUAAAGUCAUCCCGCUGUUUACUCCCCAGUGUGGAAAAUGCAGAACUUGUAAACACCCAGAAAGCAACAUGUGUGUGAAAACUGAUUUGUCAGACCCUAAGGGCACCCUGCAGGAUGGCACCACCAGGUUCACCUGCAGAGGGAAGCCUGUCCACCACUUCCUGGGCACCAGCACCUUCUCUCAGUACACAGUUGUGGAUGAGAUCUCCGUGGUCAAAAUCGAUGCAGCUUCACCACUGGAGAAAGUCUGUCUCAUGGGCUGUGGAUUUUCUACCGGCUAUGGUUCUGCAGUCAAAGUUGCCAAGGUCACCCAGGGCUCCACCUGUGCUGUGUUUGGCCUGGGAGGAGUUGGCCUCUCUGUUAUCAUUGGCUGCAAAGCAUCUGGAGCAGCCAGGAUCAUUGCAGUGGACAUCAACAAAGACAAAUUUGCAAAAGCCAGAGAGUUGGGUGCCACUGAGUGCAUCAACCCUCAAGACUAUGACAAACCCAUUGAGGAGGUGCUACAGGAAAUGAGCAAUGGAGGUGUGGAUUUCUCCUUUGAAGUCAUUGGUCGGCUUGACACCAUAAACUCUGCCUUGCUCUGCUGUGAGAAGUCACAUGGUGUGAGCGUGAUUGUAGGAGUCCCUCCUCAUUCUGAGACCCUCCCCGUGAACCCCAUGCUGCUGUUGACUGGACGCACUUGGAAAGGAGCCAUCUUUGGUGGCUUUAAGGGUAAAGAUUCUGUCCCCAAACUUGUGACUGAUUUUAUGGCAAAGAAAUUUCCACUGGAUCCAUUAAUAACCAAUGUUUUACCUUUUGAAAAGAUAAAUGAAGGAUUUGACCUUCUUCGUUCUGGAAAGAGUAUCCGCACCAUUUUGUCAUUUUGAGAUGUUCCAGUUGCCUUCUCUUGUAUCAAUCCCCUGACUCCUCCAUACCAAAUCAUCUGCAGCACCAGGCAGACAACAUUAUUAACUUUUCUUUAGCAAUGUGAUCAACAAAUUUCUAUUCUAUUUGUUAUUGAUGUUUGCUUUAUGGAUAUCAUGAUUCUAACAAAGAAUUUCUCUAAGAUAUAAUAGAUUAUUUUAAGCUUAUAACACUUGUAUCACUCACAAACCCAAAACUACGUAUUAAUUCCAUUAUACCUAUUUUGAUUUUUCGUGACACAAUUAACAUCUUCUUAUGUUAUAUAAUCCUUUAUCAAAUUAUUGUGGCUGGUGUUUUUAACAGUUUUGUCUUUUAUGCUUCAUAAUAAAUAAAUAAUUUAUAUAUUAUCA